AUGGUUGAUCUAUUUAUCCAUAGUAGAAUUAUAUUUCGAUUUGGGCAACCCGGCGUUAUUCGGCUACUGUAUGUGUGCCGGCUCUUCUCAGCAAAUAGGAAGUCUCGAAAUUGCAUAUUACUGACCUGUACCCCAGACGUACAUAAUAAGCGAGGAUCCUUUUCAUCCCCACGAAAAGUUUUACUUCCAUUAACUUUUGACAUGUUGAGAAGCUUAAGAAAGUUUUCGACUUCACAAGUCACGAGGCAGGUUAUCGGUGCUGCCAAAGGUGAGACCGUAAACUCGUCCAAAUACCUAGGGCAAAAAUAUCACGUCAUUGAUCAUGAGUACGACUGUGUGGUUGUAGGUGCUGGUGGAGCUGGACUUAGAGCCGCCUUCGGUUUGGCUGAAGCUGGCUUCAAGACUGCUUGUAUUUCCAAGUUGUUUCCUACCAGAUCGCACACUGUUGCUGCUCAGGGUGGUAUCAAUGCUGCUUUGGGAAACAUGCAUAAAGAUGACUGGCACUGGCACAUGUACGACACUGUGAAGGGUUCCGAUUGGUUGGGUGACCAAGAUGCUAUUCACUACAUGACCAAGGAGGCUCCUCAAUCUAUUUACGAGUUGGAGAACUAUGGUGUGCCUUUCAGUAGAAACGAGGAAGGAAGAAUCUACCAAAGAGCUUUCGGUGGUCAAUCUAAGGAAUACGGUAAAGGUGGCCAAGCAUACAGAACUUGUGCCGUUGCCGACAGAACCGGUCACGCAUUGUUGCAUUCUUUGUACGGUCAAUCUUUGAGACAUGACACCCACUUUUUCAUCGAGUUCUUCGCCAUGGACUUGAUGAUGGAAGACGGCGAGUGUGUCGGUGUUGUUGCUUACAACCAGGAAGACGGUACCUUGCACAGAUUCCGCGCUCACAAGACUGUUCUUGCCACUGGUGGAUAUGGAAGAGCUUAUUUCUCAUGUACCUCUGCCCACACCUGUACUGGUGAUGGUUACGCCAUGGUUUCCAGAGCUGGAUUGCCAUUGCAAGACUUGGAGUUCGUGCAAUUCCACCCAUCCGGUAUCUAUGGAUCUGGUUGUUUGAUCACUGAGGGUGCCAGAGGUGAAGGUGGUUACUUGCUUAACUCUGAGGGUGAACGUUUCAUGGAAAGAUAUGCCCCAUCUGCCAAGGAUUUGGCUUCUAGAGAUGUUGUCUCUAGAGCUAUUACCAUGGAGAUCAACGAGGGUAGAGGUGUGGGACCUUUGAAGGACCACAUGCACUUGCAAUUGUCUCACAUUCCAGCAUCUGUCCUUAAGGAGAGACUUCCAGGUAUUUCCGAGACCGCUCACAUUUUCGCUGGUGUUGAUGUUACUAAGGAGCCAAUUCCAAUUUUGCCAACUGUUCAUUACAAUAUGGGUGGUGUUCCUACUAAGUGGACCGGUGAGGUUGUCAAGAAGAACGAGAAGGGUGAGGAUGAAGUUGUUCCCGGUUUGUUGGCUUGUGGUGAGGUAGCAUGUGCUUCUGUCCAUGGUGCCAACAGACUUGGAGCUAACUCCUUGUUGGAUUUGGUUGUCUUCGGAAGAGCUGUUUCUCACACCAUUAGAGACUCUUUGACCCCAGGUACUCCACUCAAGCCUGUCUCCAAGGACCUUGGUUUGGAGUCCAUCGCUAACCUCGACAAAUUGAGAAACGCCGAUGGUUCCAAGACCACCGCUGACAUCAGAAUGGAGAUGCAAACUACCAUGCAAAAGGGAUGUGCUGUCUUCAGAACUCAAGAGACUUUGGACGAGUGUGUUGACAAGAUCAAUGCCAUUGACAAGACUUUCAAGGACGUUAAGACCACCGACAGAUCCAUGAUUUGGAACUCUGAUUUGGUUGAGACCCUUGAGUUGCAGAACUUGUUGACUUGUGCUACCCAAACUGCUGCUUCUGCUGCUGUCCGUACAGAGUCUAGAGGAGCACAUGCUAGAGAUGACUACCCAGAGAGAGACGAUGUCAACUGGAUGAAGCACAGUUUGUCAUACCAAAAGGAGUUUGGUGCUCCAGUCACCUUGGACUACAGAAAGGUUAUUUCGACUACUUUGGACGAGAACGACUGUAAGCCAGUUCCACCUGCCAAGCGUGUCUACUAA